AUGGCGCCUCGCAGACCCAACAUCCUUUACAUCAUGGCGGACCAGAUGGCCGCCCCGUUGCUGUCCAUCCAUGACAAGAAGUCCCCCAUCAAGACUCCCAACCUGGAGCGUCUGGCCAAGGAUGGCGUCGUCUUCGAUAAUGCCUACUGCAAUUCUCCCUUGUGUGCGCCCUCGCGCUUCACCAUGGUCACCGGCCAGCUGCCGUCCAAGAUCGGGGGAUACGACAACGCAGCAGAUCUCCCAGCGGACGUCCCGACCUACGCACAUUACCUGCGCAACGAGGGCUACCACACGGCGCUGGCGGGCAAGAUGCAUUUCUGCGGUCCCGACCAGUUGCAUGGCUAUGAGCAGCGUCUGACCAGCGAUAUCUACCCGGGCGACUACGGCUGGUCCGUCAACUGGGAUGAGCCGGAAAUCCGCGCUGACUGGUACCACAACAUGUCCUCCGUCGAGGAGGCUGGUCCCGUGGCCCGCACGAACCAGCUCGACUACGACGAGGAAGUCAUCUACAAGUCGACCCAAUACCUCUACGACCACGUCCGACAUCGCGGCGACCAGCCUUUCUGUCUGACCGUCUCGAUGACACACCCGCAUGAUCCGUACGCGAUGGAGCAGGAGUACUGGGAUAUGUAUGAGGAUGUCGAGAUCCCGCUGCCCCAGACGCCCGCCAUCCCCCACGACAAGCAGGACCCGCACUCUCAGCGGGUGCUGAAGUGCAUCGAUCUCUGGGGCAAGGUGAUCCCCGAGGAGCGGAUCAAGGCUGCCCGCCGCGCUUACUAUGCGGCAUGCACCUAUGUAGACACGCAGGUGGGCAAGUUGCUGAAGGUGUUGGACAAGUGUGGCUUGACGGAUGAUACGAUCAUCGUCUUCACCGGUGACCACGGAGACAUGCUGGGCGAGCGAGGAUUAUGGUACAAGAUGACCUGGUUCGAGAACUCUGCUCGCGUGCCUUUUAUCGUUCAUGCUCCCGGUCGCUUCGCUGCGAAGCGCGUGAAGGAGAAUGUAUCCACCAUGGAUAUCCUCCCCACCUUUGUGGAAAUGGUGGGCGCCCAGACGAUCCCGGAGCUACCUUUAGACGGUGUGUCGUUGAUGCCCUAUAUCUCUGGCGCAGCAGGCGUAAAGACGGACACUGUGCUGGGAGAGUACAUGGGCGAGGGCACCCAGACCCCCGUAGUGAUGAUCCGCCGCGGACGCUGGAAGUUCGUGUACUCGCUGAUCGACCCUCCGAUGCUGUUUGAUCUCGAGGCCGAUCCGACCGAGUCGGUCAAUCUGGUGGCUGGAAUCCCUGUUCCUUCGGCCACCAAGAACGCCGUUCCUGUGCAGCUGAAUCCUACUGGUCUUCCUACCCCGGGCGCCACCCCGGGCGCUACUGAAGCGAACAAGUCUUUCUUCUCCAACGGCAAUGCCUUCAUCGCCCCGACUCCUCCACGCACGCCGAGCCCGACUCGCGCUGCUGUUUCGCUGCCUCCUGCCUCCGACCCAGCCACGCUGCUGGCUCACUUCAUGGAGGAGGUUCGCACGCGAUGGGACCUCGAGCGGAUCCACCAGGAGGUGCUGGUGUCGCAGCGCAGACGCCGUCUCGUCUACUCGGCUCUGAUCAAGGGCAACAUCACCUUCUGGGACUGGGAGCCUCGUGUCGAUCCCAGCAAGCAGUACGUCCGGAACCAGGGCAAGGGUGCUCUGGACGACGUCGAGGUUAUGUCGCGUUGGCCUCGUCUGCUGAAGAAGCAGGCCACUGGCGAGUAA